GGAAUCGAGUAAUCAUGGUGGAAUGUUUGAAUUUUAAAGGAAAGCACAAGAUGUUUACCUGUUGGAAUUUUUUCUUUCUUUUGGUUGGAAUUUCGAAUUUUGUUGAUGCGCAAAGACCAGAUAUUGUGGAUGAAAUUUUACCCGAGGUGAAACAAAAAAAUCAGACUGGGUACUUGAACUGUACGGUAGUCAACAAGGGUUCUGAAUCAGUGGUACUAUGGACACGGUCUCAGACUGUGAAUGGAGGAAAUCCAAUUUUGCUCAGUGAGGAUGAUAAAAUAGUAUAUCAAGGUAACGAUCAAGGCAUUAAUGAGGAUUCAGGGCUGAAAAAAUAUGAUAUACAGAGUCGAAUAAAUGGACGUCGAAUUACGUACAUGUUGGUAAUUCGUUAUUUAGCAGAGGAGGAUGCUGGAGAUUAUCUGUGUACUAUCAAAAUUCAAGGUAUUGAGUGGGUCGAGUGGCCCAAAAAGAUUGGAAAACUCACAGUGCAGGUUGCUCCCAAAAUCCAGCCUGGAAUGAACUCGAUUUACGAACAGAACAUUGGAACUUCCCUUCAGCUGAACUGUGAGGCUCAUGGCAAUCCAUACCCAAACAUUACAUGGAGGAGGGAGGAUGGACAGGAGCUACCAAUGGGAGGAUUCCAGUCAAGGGGGUCACAACUGAGCUUAACAGAUAUCCAGAGAAAUGAUCGUGGUAACUACAUCUGUGUGGCUGACAAUAAUGUCAAACCGCCAGACAACUUCAAAGUGGAACUCAUCGUCUUCUUUGCACCGUCAUGUAGGCCUGUGCAGUCUUCAGUGGGCCAGGCACAACACAGAAGGCUUAAUGCCAAGCUAGAAUGUAUUGUUGCAGGAUAUCCCCAGCCAAGUAUGGUUUGGAUGAAGGAAGGUGAGAAUGGAAAACGCAUUGAUAUUCAGGACGAUGAUAAAUACGAUAUCACCCAACAGUUUAGCAGUCAGCUUCAGAAUGACGAGUUCUGGUAUACACUUCUUGUGAAGAAUGUUCAGGCUAAAGACUACACUAAAUAUUUUUGCGUUGGAAACAACAGCUAUGGAAGUGGAGAAACGACUAUCCGUUUGUAUGAAUCUACGUUUUCAUCUGAUUCAUUCAGUUUAGAAUCAUCAUCAGCUACCAUUUCUGAAUCUACGUUUUCAUCUGAUUCAUUCACUGUAGAACCAUCAUUACCUACCAUUUCUGAAUCUGUGUCUUCAUCUGAUUCAUUCAAGUUAGAAUCAUCAUCAGCUACCAUUUCUGAUUGCAUGUUCGGAGACCGGGUUCUAAACUGCCGGGUCAGUGAGUGCGCUACCUACACCGCCGCAGGUAUCCUCAAGGACUGUUGUGAGACAUGUAAAACCUAUACCGUGUCUACACCAGCUCCCAAUUCUAACAGCACUGCGCUACCUAGUUGGGUUAUACCGGCGGCUGCGGGUACUGGUGGAGGCCUGUUGGUCUUCAUCAUAAUUGUUGUUGCUUGUUGCUGUUGUCGGAAAAGUCCCAGUGAAGAGGAUGCAUUGACAUAUCAGCCUCAAAUGAGGAACACUGUUCCAAGGCAGCAAAGCAGACUUAACCAACCAAAUUCCCGCUACAAAAGUGAAAUUCGACAGCCAAAUUGGAUGAAAUACAUGGUCCAUAUCAGUGCUGGGGACAAUACACACAUGUACGAGCGCCCACUCCCAAUUAGGCCUAUUCAGCAGCAGAUGUCAGGGCCAAGUCGUCAGAUGUCUACAAAAUUCAAUGUCUACAUGAAGUUGGAGCACGAUCCCAACUUCCCCGUCAAUGUCAGCUCAAGAUAUGUUGUCUCAAGUAAUCAACAAUAUACCAAUGCUGGAUAUUCCAAAUAGUAAAUUUUAAGAAGAAUUUCCAAACUCCCAGUGCUGGAUUUUCCAAAUAGUAAAUUCUAACAAAAAUGUCCAACCUGCCAUUGCUGGAUAUUCUAAAUAGUAAAUUCUAACAAACAUUUCCAACCAGAACGUUGUUGAUCUUCACUUGUUUCAUUAUAACCAAACAUUUUCAACACGUGUAGACCCCUUCAUAUUAACUGUUACUCGUUUAUUUUAACUAUUAAGUUAUUUGUUUAUUUACAUGCCUUACCUGUGAUUGUGAUCAAUCAAAUGGUUUACUGAAUAGACCAAAACUCAAACAAGUGAGUAUUUUACCGGAUUUGUACAAUAUAUUAUAUAGCUUUUACAUUUUUCUAUGGUACUACAAUAUUGAUGUCAUAUGAUUAUAACUACAUUGCCUUCGAUAUCUUUACAAAUUAUGAUAGGCAUUUUCUCACGAACACACUGCAGUUGUUAACAUUAGGCGUAUGAAUCUCAAUAAAUGUAAUUCGUCUAUUUUAUGACUGGGAACAAAAAAUAAAAGUUGAAUGUAAAAUACAGAUUAUGAACUGCGCUAAUGCGCUUCAUAAAGUGUACUGUUGUGAGGCAUCACAAUUCAGUUCCUCAUAUACGAGUAUUUUCAAAAAUGAAAUUAAUUUCGUAAGUAUCCCACAUGUACAUGAAUUAGCAUCAUUAUUUCUAUUUGAUAUACAACUGUUACCUAUACUAGGAUUUUUAUCCAGUGUAUUAAUUUUUCUUUUGUAUACAUGACCCAGCAUAAACAAUUGUGUUCACUUGUUAACAAACUGUAUCUGUGCUCAAUGCCAAUAAAAUCAAAAGAAAACAGAAA